AUGUCGCAUGUUGGAGAGCAUGGCGCGUCCGUGAAGCAUCCAAGGAAGCGUUUUUACAGAGCGCGAGCACACAGCAACCCUCUCAGCGAUUCGCACUUUCCUGUACCUCUCGGUCCGGCUCAAUUCGAUUAUGCCGACCAUUUUCCCGCAUAUUUCUCCAAAAAAAAUCACCAAGACAACGAAUCUCCGGCCCCUAACCCUAACGGUGAAGCUAAAGAAGCACAGAAAGUCUCAGACUUUAAGGAUUUGACACCCGCGAACGCAUGUUCUGCCUCAACUGGUGAAGAAAUGAAAAUACGUUUUGCAGACAUUGGCUGCGGCUUUGGUGGGCUUCUGGUGCAGCUUUCACCCAUUUUCCCAUCGACCCUGAUGAUAGGCAUGGAGCUCCGCGACAAGGUAAGUGAGUAUGUUAAAGAAAGAAUUUUAGCUUUGAGAAAAGCAAAUCCGGGGCAUUAUGAGAAUAUCUCUGUAGUGAGAACAAAUUCCAUGAAGUUCCUGCCGAAUUAUUUUGAUAAGGGGCAGCUGCAGAAAAUGUUUUUUCUCUUCCCGGAUCCACACUUCAAGGAGAAGAAUCACCGGCGCAGAGUUAUUACUGUUCCUUUGCUUGCAGAAUAUGCAUAUGCCAUGGCUGUCGGAGGAAUUCUUUAUACUAUAACCGACGUCGAAGAGCUCGGUGAAUGGAUGAAAGGUUGCUUGGAUGCACACCCUCUAUUUGAAGAGGUUGGUCAAGAGGAACUGAAAAUAGAUCCUGUGGUGAAGCUCUUGACCACUGCCACCGAGGAAGGACAGAAGGUAGCAAGAAAUGAAGGCCAAACAUUUCAGGCCAUUUACAGGCGUAUAGCUCCUCCCCUUGAAGGUGCCUAAUUUAUUUAUACCUUAUUUGUCUGAUCCACAAAAUGUUUCUCUGCAUUUUUCGGGUCAAAAUGCCGAUAUAUUGAAUGCCAGAAGUUUAUCUUUAGUUUAGAACUUCUGUAUUCCGCAAGACUUAACCAUCUCUAGUUACACGUAUGAUUUUCAGAAUUGCUGAAGCUCUUUGAUUUUGAAACUUCAGGAUUGAAUAUCGAGUUUAGAAUAUAUAUUUUCUUUGACUUCUGAGUUCUCGCAUUGAAUACAGCACUCCAGCAUUCGCUCCUUCAUUUCUGAACUGUCAGAUUAAAAACAGAGUUUCAAUCAAAUAGCAUAAGCUCUUUGAUUUCUUGACAGCAAA